CUUUCCGAUCACAGUUUGAGUUUGAGUUGCUAGGCAUAGCAUGGCAUUCGACGAGGUGGGACAAGCAUAGCUGUGGGAGCAGUCGAGGAGGAGGUGAAAAAACUACUGUGAGAACGACUAUCGUGAAGGAAAUCUCUCUAAUCUGUAGAGACAGGAGGAGAAAGAAAAGUUGUGAAGAAUUUCGUGAAGAAAAAUCCCUCUGGCUGUUAGGGAGGCCUUUUUUCGACUUUCGCUGGAGAAGAACUCUUGUUUCGAAGUUCUUCGUUUCUGAAUGCUGUUUCUUUUACUAAGGAACUUAUAGCAUGGAACCAAAAAGGCGAGCAUUUAUUCCAAGGCGUGUCCCAGGCCUCUACCGUAGCCACCGACCUCUAUGGCAACCUCCUGUACACCAUUCGCGUCUUCCUGAAGACCACACUGCCCACGGACUCCGCCACCUACAGACUCACGUGUUACGUCGUGCAUGAAGAUACAGCCAACGGGUACAGUGUGGUCAAAGAGAGUACCAAGGAGAUAACUGUCUUAUGCUGA